AUGCACGUGGAUGGCUCGGCUACCUCGAGUGGUGCGGGCGUGGGACUGGUGUUAUCAGCGCCCGAUGGGCGUUCGUUCGAACGCUCCCUCCGCUUCGGGUUCCAAGCAACCAACAACGAAGCCGAAUAUGAGGCACUCUUGGCAGGACUCAGACUGGCUCUUGAGAUGCAGGUGAAUGCCAUCCACAUCCUCACCGAUUCGCAGCUGGUGGCUGAGCAACUCAGUGGUGGAUACGAGGCCAGGGAACCAACCAUGGUGAAGUACCUGGCAGAGGUAAAAAGACUAGCCUUCAAUUUCUCUCACUUUAUGGUAUCUAGGGUGCCAAGGAGUCAGAACGAGCGAGCCGACGAGCUGGCUAAACUGGCCUCAAGGUCGGACUCCAAAGCCCAGCCUGAGAUUGAAGAGCUCCCCUUUCACGCCAUCUCGGUCUCGGUUAUAUCUUCAGCCGACACACAUACCACAUGCGUGCAGGAUAUGCUACACUUCAAGCGCGACGGGAUUCUUCCCGCCGAUGAGGCGGCGGCUCGGCGCAUCCGCCGAAUGCAGGCAUGGUACUCCGAGGUGAAUGAACGACUCUACAAGCGGUCCUUCUCGCAUCCUCUACUACGGUGCCUCGGGCCUGAAGAGGCUCAGACUGUCCUGACCGAGGUCCAUGAGGGGAUUUGUGGUGAGCAUAUCGCUGGACGGACCUUGGCUUAUAAAAUCCUUUGCCAAGGAUACUACUGGCCCACCAUGUCCCGAGACGCAAUAUCUUACAUACAGCGGUGCGACCCGUGCCGGAGAUAUAUCAUCGUGGGAGUAGAUUACUUCACCAAGUGGGCAGAAGCCAAGCCACUAGCAACGAUCACAGAACGACAAGUGGAGAAGUUUGUAUGGAAAAAUAUCGUGACUCGGUUCGGCUUGGCCAGAACCAUCAUCACGGACAACGGAUCCCAGUUCGCCAGCAUGAGGCUCCAAGAGUUCUAUGCGAACUAUGGGAUUCAACUGAGGUUCAGCUCGAUGGCCCACCCCCAGAUGAACGGAUUGGCCGAGGUGACCAACCGAUCCAUUCUGGACGAGCUCAAGAGGAGAGUGUCCACGGCUUGA